AUGGCGCAGAGCCAUGGAAUUAUUAUUUUAAUGAAUGCUGCAAGUUUCAAGAUUCUUAUACCUGUAGUAGCAGCAAGAAGUGAAAGGGGUGCUGAAAACCAGUUGUGUAAAAUGCAAGUCCCACAAGCCAGCUUGGGGGUUGCAUCACACAUCAUUGUGACUAUUGAAGCUUCUGAUGAUGCUCAUGGCGUGUUUGAGUUCAGUGCUGAGUCACUCUCGGUGAAUGGAACUGAGCCUGAAGAUGGAGAUAGCAAUAUUGUGCUGCAGAUUGUGAGAACUCAUGGGGCCCUGUCUGAAGUGACUCUGCACUGGAUCAUAGACUGUGAUAUUACUGAAGAUCUGAUCUCUACGUAUGGAAACAUAACAUUUGAUGUUGGCCAAGUGAGAGCAAACAUCACAGUACAGGUUUCUCCUGAUGACGUUCCUGAACUGGAUAAGAUGUUUUCAGUUUUGAUCAUCAACGUUUCCAGUGGUCGCCUUGGAAAUCAUACUAAUGCAACAUUAACAGUUUUAGCUAAUGAUGAUCCAUAUGGACUGUUCAUCUUUUCUGAGAAAAACAGACCAAUAAAAGUUGAGGAAGAAACAAAAAAUAUCUCCUUGACAAUAGUAAGGCUUGGUGGUCUCCUUGGUAAAGUAAUGGUAACAUACAGAACUCUAGGUGAUGAUGAAAAGACAUCCUUUCUUCCACCUAAUGUUGUUAGAGCAAUACAAGGAGAAGAUUAUAUACCCAUUACUGGCUAUACAGUCUUUGCUGCCAAUGAAAGAGAGGCCACAAUAUCUUUACCUAUUUUAGAUGAUGAUGAUCCUGAGAGGUCAGAAUCUGUUUUUGUGGAGCUAAACAAUACUUUUUUGAUUGAAAAAGUGCAGGAUCGGCCAAUUGUAAAUUCUCCUCGUCUUGGAUCAGCGAGUGAGACAAUAGCUCAUGUAAUUAUCAAUGCCAAUGAUGAUGCUUUUGGAACACUUCAGCUUUCAGCUUCAACUGUGCGAGUUGCUGAAAAUUAUGUUGGACCAAUCAUUAAUGUGACCAGAACUGGGGGAAUUUUUGCAGAUGUUUCUGUGAAAUUUAAAGCUAUGCCAAUAACUGCGACAGCAGGUGAGGACUACAGUGUAGCCUCAUCAGAUGUUGUCUUACUAGAAGGAGAAACUAGUAAAGCUGUGCCAAUUUAUAUAAUUAAUGAUAUCAAUCCUGAAGUUGAGGAGUCCUUUUAUGUUCAGCUGCUGAAUCAAACAACAGGUGGAGCCCUACUUGGAUCUUUGACUAGGGCAAUUAUAAUUAUUGAGGCUUCUGAUGACCCAUUUGGAUCUUUUGGUGAGUCUUACCUGAUUUUUCUCUUCUGUUAA